UCUAGAAUCUUUGGUCAACACAGUGCAGUCAGUGGACUGUGCACAGUGCACGCAACGGUGUGUGAAAUAACUGCCGUUAAUCAUUUUAUAAGUUAACUUUACUGGAAACAAGAGGCGAAAAUGGGAAUUUCCGUAUCAUACCCCCUGGUCAAUGAGCCAGAGAGCUACGUGGAUCCCGACUUCGAUGAAGAGUCUGAUGCAAUGGACUUUGGAAAGCAGUUACAUGAAAUCACUUUGUCCUUCUGUUAUGAUAUGGUUGAACACAGAAUCCGGUCAAUCAAAGAGGAGGCCAAGUUUCAGAGGAUGGGCAGCUUUGUUGAGGGUUGGAAACAGCAGUAUCCUGGUUGGACGACUGAUGACUUGUUGAACCUCAGACAUCAGUUUGAGUUCUUUGACAUUCUUGGUGACAGACUGCUCAACUUUACAGAAUUCUGUGCAGCUCUGGAUCUGGUGAAUUACAGUGAAUCAGAGGAGGAGCGCAGGGCCCUUUUUGACAGAGCUGCCGUUCAGAAGUACAACACCCUCAACUUCGCAGAAUAUCUCCAGAUUAUGUAUGAUAUUAAGAAGGGCAUGCCUAUUGUCAGACCCCCAGUAAAGGAGGAGGAAAAAGAUCAAAUGGACGUGCAAGAACUUGUCAAUGAAGUGGCACAUUUGGACCCCUUUCGCCAAAUGUGUUAUGGUGUUUUCUAAGUUUCUCUAAUGGAGAAUUUUAAAUGACAAAUAUUUGCAGUUUAAAAGAAUUUAAUCAAAUAAAAAAAUAUAUA